AUGGCUCCUAUCAUCGUUUCCUUAGGUAACCCCCUCCUUGACAUCCAAGUCAGCCCAGAGGAAGGACCCAAAUACCUUGAGAAAUACGGUCUCAAGUCCAACGAUGCUAUCCUCGCCGAAGAGAAGCAUAUGGCAAUUUACGAUGACAUCGUCGCCAAUGCUAAAGUAACUUAUGUUGCCGGUGGUGCUGCUCAAAAUGCUGCCCGAGCUGCUGCUUACGUUCUCCCCGCCGGAUCAGUAGCAUACAUUGGAUCAGUUGGAGAAGAUGAUCUCAAACAAACUUUAUUAUCAGCCAAUGAAGCUGAAGGUGUUCAAUCAGCAUAUCAAACUCAGACUUCACCUGCUAGAACUGGAGCUUGUGCAGUCAUCUUAUCCAACCACGACAGAUCUCUCUGUACUACUCUUAGAGCAGCAGAGAUGUUCAACCCUUCUCAUCUCGCUACUCCUGAAAUCGCCGAACUCCUCAACGGUGCCAAAUACUUUUAUAUCGAAGGUUUCUUCCUCACUCACGGUAUCGAAUCAGCUCUUGAAGUAGCUAAACAAGCUUCUUCAAGAGGUAAGACUGUUGUCUUGAACCUCUCAGCUCCAUUCAUCCCCCAAUUCUUCAAAGUUCAACUUGAAGAAUUACUUCCUCACGUAGAUAUUCUGAUUGGAAAUGAGAGUGAAGCUGGUGCUUACAAGGAGGCCGCCGGUAUGGGCGACGCUUCCCUCGCUCAAGUAGCUUCCACCUUAGCAGCAAUGACCAAAUCGAACGCAUCUCGACCUAGAUUGGUAGUCAUCACUCAAGGUGCUGAUUCCACUUUGGUGGCUUCAUCAGCCGCUUCUGGAUCAUCCGGAAAUUUGGCCCCUGAAGAUGAAAACCCCAAGACCUACCCCGUACCAAAACUCGCCGGUGACAAAAUCGUAGAUACCAACGGUGCAGGAGAUAUGUUCGCAGGUGGAUUCUUGGGUGCUUUAGCUCAAGGUAAAUCUUUGAAUGAAAGUAUCGAAGUCGGACACAAAUUGGGUCAAAUGUGUUGUGGUCAAAUCGGUCCUAAAUUGGUUUUCCCUAAAGAAAACGUUCUUUGA